AUGCAUGCUGUGUGCGUCAAAUACAUGGUAUGUAGUGUGUGUAAUGUUUUCUUUAUUGAUUUAAUGUCUCUUUUAUCCAUUAUUUUAAAAAAAUAUCAGCAUUGUGCGCUUCUUCUCUGUAUUCUGUAUAAGUGUAGAAAAUUUCAUAGUCCUCCGUCCGCGCAAUUUUCGUAAAAAGGGUUACAAAGUUAUUGCUUCACGUAUUAAUAUAUAGAUUCUUGGAUUUUGUUCAAGGCGCAAAUUUUUGUUUGGAACUAACGGCUUGAUACUUUAACACGUUUGCAGCAUUCACGAUUCUGUUGUUCAGUAAAUCUUUUUCCUACCCUUAAAGAAAUUGUAGUUACCGCCUUAGAGAAGUCUUAGAGAAAUCUAGAUUUUUCUUAGUCUCUUCUCAAAGGGAGACGAGACGUAUAAGACCUCGUUUCGCAUUUAAUCUUGUGAUCUUGCCUGAUCCAUCAUAAAUGAAAGCUAUACAAUACUCAAAUAUACGGCACUCAAAAUUUCAAUAAUUUUACUAGGAAAAUAUUACAUACCUUAAGAAUGGACCUAACUAACAUUAAAACUACUGUCAACGGAAGUAAUGUUGUUAAAAUAAUGUAGUUCCAGAGAAGUUUAACAAAACGUUAAUUUUUUUUAUUGCUUAGAUUGGUGGACGAGCUCACAGCCCACCUGGUGUUAAGUGGUUACCGGAGCCCAUAGACCCACCUUGAGAUAUGAGUUCUAAGGUCUCAGUAUAGUACAACGGCUGCCCCACCCUUCAAACCGAAACGCAUUACUGCUUCACGGCAGAAAUAGGCAGGGCGGUGGUACCUACCCGUGCGAACUCACAAGAGGUCCUACCACCAGUAAUUACGCAAAUUAUAUUAUUGCGGGUUUUGAUUUUUAUUACACGAUGUUAUUCCUUCACCGUGGAAGUCAAUCGUGAACAUUUGCUUAGUACGUAUUUCAUUGAAAAAAUUGCUACCCGCCUGGGAUUCAAACACCGGUGCAUCGUUCAACACGAAUGCACCGGACGUCUUAUCCUUUAGGCCACGACGACUUCAAAAGUCUACCCAUGUUAACCAAUAAAAAGGCCGCAAUUCCUAAAUACAUCGAUGACUCACAAGCCUCCGUAAUUAGUCGAAUUCAUUACAAAAAUAUAUAAUUACAAUACACACUACACAAACAUACCACAUAAUUGACAAUAUGUGUUUGAAAUGUCGCGUAUUGUGCCCCAGGCGGUUGACACAACUGAGGCGAAGACAGUUGAGUACAUAACUGACAGCUCAUUGAUGGUGACAUUUAUAUUUAAUGAGCGAGCUAGGAAACGACUCAGUGUAGUCCAAAACUUCAACCGACUCGCAUUAAAAACAAUGAAUAUUUAUAAACAUUACUUGCUGAUAUGCCUGCUGCUGACUUGGAGUUUAGCCGUGGGAUACAAAAUAUUGGAGCCGAAUUAUGAUUUUAAAGAAGACGAAAAAGAUACGAAUGCAAACAACGAAUUCAGUAGUAAUUAUGAAGGGAAUCCCAUACUAGCGGUGUACCCCAACGUCCAGCCCUACGUCAUACCUCCAUAGACAAACGCACAAACCCUUCGAUCUCCGAUGUGUUUCUUUAAUCUGUAAAACGGUAGUUUUUCUGCAAAUCGUAACUUCGACUUCACAUUCCAAUGCGAGCGAGUUCCAGGGCGUGCUGACCAAGGGCCUCAACAUCCUAACCUACAAGAGUCAAAAUAUAAGCGCUUGGCAACAGACCGCAAUUUUCGAGUAACAGAACGCUCGAGUCACUGUAUACAAGUUUUGCUUCAAACCUAAUUUUUUUAUUAAUAUGCCAUCUGGCUUUGGAAUGAGCUUCCCUCCACGGUGUUUCCCGAGCGCUAUGACAUGUCCUUCUUCAAACGAGGCUUGUGGAGAGUAUUAAGCGGUAGGCAGCGGCUUGGCUCUGCCCCUAGCAUUGCUGAAGUCCAUGGGCGACGGUAACAACUCACUAUCAGGUGGGCUGUAUGCUCGUCUGCCUACAAGGGGAAUAAAAAAAUAAAAAUAAGAAAAAACGUCACAAUGUGGUCACUGGUGGUAGCACCUCUUGUGAGUCACUGGUGGUAGGACCUCUUGUGAGUCCGCACGGGUAGGUACCACCACCCCGCCUGUUUCUGUCGUGAAGCAGUAAUGCGUUUCGGCGUGAAGGGCGGGGCAGCCGUUGUAACUAUACUUGAGACCUUAGAACUUAUAUCUCAAGGUGGGUGGCACAUUUACGCUGUAGAUGUGUAUGGGCUCCAGUAACCACACUAGGUGGGCUACCCAUCUAAGCUAUAAAAAAAAGUCCAGGAAAUGGCGAAGGUUUGGUCGAAAUCGAGGCGGAGGAACUGUGAUAGACAAGUUUUAUUUGUUGAUCAUAAUUUUGUUUCUAUGUUGUAAUUUAUUGAAUAGUAUUUAAUCAGGUAACAUAGUUCUAAGCGCAUAAAUUUUAUAUCUAAGACUUUUAAACUAAGCACAUAAUCACACUUAUUUUAAUACCAGUUAGAAUAUAACAAGCAGUAACAUAGAAGCUUAAUGUUUAUUUAUUUGUAGUUUUUAAUUUAACUUUAUUAUUUAUUAAAUCGCUUGAUUUAUGAAACCUAAAUAUUAUAUUUGUAAAUAUUUCGAUGAUGUCACGCGUUAUCAACUAUCGUUAAUGAUUUGAGAUUAGCUGUUUAUAGAGUAUUUACUGAAUAAGUCGCGAUUGUUGUGAAUGACACAUUUUUAAAUUAUGUUUUGUGAUAAUUGCUAUGACACAGAUAAGAUAUUUCAAUAUUUUGUGUGCAUUUAUUGAGAUUUGUUUUAAUUUAGUUCAUAUUUUCUUUAAUAUAUAAUUUUUUCUGAAAA